AUGAAGUGUCUUCUCGUGCUCACCGUUCUCCUCAUCUGCCUGCUCCCGAUUGCGCGUGAGUUAAUCAACAAUAAUUGUCAGCCAGCGGUUGGCAACACUUUUGUGGAAUUUAAGAAACCGAAUUUUUUGAUUGCAAAAAAAGUUGCAGGCCGUAAUAACUUUUCGCGGAAACAAAAUUACCCAGGUUUUUACUGACUCCUACGACGAAAAAGCUCAUGUUCCAGGAGCGGCCAAAGAUCCGGGCGAAAAACGAGCCGCCGAUGCACCAUCCACCUCCUCCGGUCCUUCUGCCGCCGAUGCACCAUCUCCCUCCUCUACUCCUGCCGAUCGUUGGCCCAUUUCCAUCUACUGUAAGUCUAAAAUCCACAAAGUUUUGCAACAAUUCGUUUCCACUUUCAGUUGUUUACAUCUGUCUCGAAGAAUGCGAUAGGAGAUAUAAGAAAUGGGCGCAGGCCGUCAAGGACCCAACGGUGAUCGCCGAGAGAAACGCGUUUGCGAGAAGUUUCACCGAGGAAUACCAGCAGGCUCGGUUCGCUGGCCUCUAUCCCGAAAGGCACAUAAUUAUGAGAGAUCUGCUGUGUAAACAAAAUGCCCACGUUGGGGUCUAGUUUCUCUCACGUUUUACUCAUUUUAACCGUUCUGUUUCAGAAAAACGGUGAGUCUCGGAAGGAAGCGAGUGUCAGAACUGUAGUCAGGAAUGAUCCGGAAGUGAGGAAUCGAUUCGAUACGAUCGUCGGCGGAGAAGAGCGCUCGGAUCGUCAAGUCGGCAGAGAAGAGCGCUCGGAUCGUCAAGUCGGCAGAGAAGAGCGCUCGGAUCGUCAAGUCGGCGGAGAAGAGCGCUCGGAUCGUCAAGUCGGCGGAGAAAAAUGCUCGGAUCGUCAAGUCGGCGGAGAAAAGUGCUCGGAUCGUCAAGUCGGCGGAGAAAAAUGCUCGGAUCGUCAAGUCGGCGGAGAAAAGUGCUCGGAUCGUCAAGUCGGCGAGACGGAGCCCAGCGAGCCGAAGAAAGCUACGGACUCACCUAAAAGCCCGUUCAAGUAUUCUCGUAUGCCCAAAGACGUCGGAAGUCGGACAACGACUCGGAUGCAGGCGAAGAGGACGGCUGGGGCUCACCCAGAGGAAUCUUUUCUGGCAGGACUGCCGAUGAAGAGAAAAUACACGCGGAGGAACAAGGAUGAGGUUAGAGCAUUCACCCAACUUGAAGAACUGAACUACAAUUGAACUUUUAUCAAAAAACCUAUCAUUUUUCAGCCGGAGAAGGAGAAAACCGCCGCCAAAUCGUCAAUGUUCGGGUCAGUGAGACGAGCGACGUUCGAAGUGACCGAACAAACUGUCGUCAGUUUCUCAAUUUCCAUUUUCACCAAAUCAUCUCUUUUCUUAAAGCAGCCACCGCGAAGAGUUCCGGGACGGAUUCCGAUCUUCUCUGAUCAAGCGGAUCCGAUGGUAUCGUCGGCGUGGGCCAUUCUUCAGCCGGGCCCACGUCGAUCCGAAGAGAUGCUGAGAGGACGGAACCGGUUGGAGCGGGCCGCCGAAGACGAGAAUGCGCUCAGAGAAAUGCUGCCGCUCCGAGAGAUUCUGGAAGACGUGGACGUGGAUCCGGAGGAGGUCUACGAGCAUCUCACAGAGCUGAUCCUCGGGCACAAGCUACGGGACGACAGGCUAGAGUUCAGAAUUGCCGUCGCCAUUCUCCACAGUCUCUUUUUGGUCGGAUCAGUGGAGUUUGUGUUCCAUCAGACGACGUUCCGAAAGAAGAUGGAGGGCAAUUAA